CUGUCAGCGGCUGUCAGAAGAAAAGGAGGAAGAGGAGGAAGGGAAGCCAGUGCGGCGACAGCAGCUCACUCCGCUGACGGACAAGACAGCAACACCUCAACAAACAAGCAGCCACUUCUCACAACUCCAACAAACACCAACAACUAUUUUUUUUGUUGUUGUUGCUGCUGCUCUGCUUCAAUAAGCGCUCUUUUUUCUUUAUUUUGUCCACUCCCUUUCGCUCUUUUCUGCGCACCGACAACUUCGACGUGCCGAGCGGUUUGAAUUGAGCAGCGCGGAGCAGGAGCCCCUGAACUCGGGAGAAUGGCAGACUCGGCGGCCACCAACAGCGACGGUGAGGACGGACCCAAGGAGCCCAUGCGGGGCUUCGCGCGCCAGGGUGCGCUCCGGCAGAAGAACGUGCACGAAGUGAAGGACCACAAAUUCAUCGCGCGCUUCUUCAAGCAGCCCACCUUCUGCAGCCACUGCACCGACUUCAUCUGGGGAUUUGGGAAGCAGGGAUUCCAGUGUCAAGUGUGCUGUUUCGUGGUUCAUAAACGCUGCCAUGAGUUUGUCACUUUCUCCUGUCCAGGCGCGGACAAAGGACCUGCCUCAGACGACCCGAGGGCAAAGCAUAAAUUUAAGAUCCACACCUACUCCAGCCCCACCUUCUGCGACCACUGCGGCUCCCUACUCUACGGCCUCAUCCACCAGGGGAUGAGAUGCGACCACUGUAUGAUGAACAUCCACAAGCGCUGCGUGCCCAACGUGCCGAACCUGUGUGGGACGGACCACACUGAGAGGAGAGGCCGCAUCGAGAUCACCGCCGAGGUCAAGACCAACGUUCUCACCGUCACCAUUAAAGAGGCCAGGAAUCUGAUUCCUAUGGACCCCAACGGUCUGUCAGACCCGUACGUGAAGCUGAAGUUGAUCCCAGAUCCACGCAGUGAAAGCAAACAGAAGACCAAGACUAUAAAGUGCUGCCUAAACCCCACGUGGAACGAGACCUUCAAAUUCCACCUGAAGGAGUAUGACAAGGACCGCCGCCUGUCGGUGGAGGUGUGGGACUGGGACUUGACCAGCCGCAACGACUUCAUGGGAUCACUGUCCUUCGGCAUCUCAGAGCUCCAAAAGCAAGGGGUGGACGGCUGGUUUAAGCUCCUUUCUCAGGAAGAAGGCGAGUACUUCAACGUUCCCGUGGCUCCAGAGGGAGAGGAGGGCAACGAGGAGCUACGGCAGAAAUUUGAGAGGGCUAAAAUCGCAGUGGGCAAAAACACGGAGGGAAAGUCAGCAAACGCAGCCUCCCGGUUCGACUCCAACGGCAACCAAGAUCGCAUCAGGCUUUCCGACUUUAACUUCCUGAUGGUGCUGGGCAAGGGCAGCUUUGGCAAGGUGAUGCUGGCGGAGCGUAAAGGAACGGAGGAGCUGUACGCAAUAAAGAUCCUGAAGAAGGACGUGGUCAUCCAGGACGACGACGUUGAGUGCACCAUGGUGGAGAAGAGGGUGUUGGCUCUGACCGGAAAGCCUCCGUUCUUAACGCAGCUGCACUCCACCUUCCAGACCAUGGACCGUUUGUAUUUCGUCAUGGAGUACAUAAACGGCGGAGACCUCAUGUAUCAGAUACAGCAGGCUGGCAAGUUCAAAGAGCCCCAUGCUGUGUUCUACGCUGCUGAGAUAGCCAUUGGCUUGUUUUUCCUGCAUCAAAAGGGCAUCAUCUACAGGGAUCUGAAGCUGGAUAAUGUAAUGCUGGACUGUGAAGGCCACAUUAAGAUCGCAGACUUCGGUAUGUGUAAGGAAAAUAUGCUUGAUGGCGUCACAACCAAGACCUUCUGUGGAACACCAGACUACAUCGCUCCUGAGAUUAUUGCCUAUCAACCUUAUGGGAAAUCUGUGGACUGGUGGGCGUUUGGAGUAUUGCUUUACGAAAUGUUGGCUGGACAGCCCCCAUUCGAUGGUGAGGAUGAGGACGAGUUGUUUCAAUCCAUAAUGGAGCAUCACGUCUCCUAUCCCAAAUCGAUGUCUAAGGAAGCUGUCGCCAUAUGUAAAGGACUGAUGACGAAGCAUCCGGCCAAACGACUGGGCUGCGGUCCGGAGGGCGAGCGGGACAUCCGGGAGCAUAGCUUCUUCCGCUACAUGGACUGGGAGAAACUGGAGAACAAGGAAGUGCAGCCACCGUUCAAACCCAGAGCUAGAAACCGCCGGGACACCUGCAACUUUGACAAGGAGUUCACCAAGAUGGCCGUGGACCUGACGCCCACGGACAAGCUCGUCAUCAUGAACCUGGACCAGGACGAGUUCCUCGGCUUCUCCUACACCAACGCCGAAUACGUGGCUCCCAAUUAAUUGAACACCCUAGAAUGGACUUGAACAUACAACACAGAGAGGUAGAAAAUAAGGUUUUAGCGCAAAAUUGAGGCAAAUUUUUUUUUAAAAAGACGACAAAAAUUGUUAUUUUGUGUGUGUUCACCAAAUGAUUUUUUUGUUCUUUUCUUUUAGGUGUUACUUAGGUUUGAGUUAAUAACUAGACCUGGAGAUUUGAAAACGAGAUGAAGAGAUUCCAAUCUCUCCAAACGAAAUCCGAUCAAACCCAGAAUGAGCACUUCUACUACUGAUCCAGUUCUGAUUGCCACCUUUUCAUAUAUUCAUUUUACGUUGACUGCAAGAUGAAAAAUCAUUUCCUUGAGUUAGGCCUCAUUAUUUAAACAUAACAAUUAAAAGUGCUGGUUUUAUUUAAUUCGUUCAUUCAAUUUUUCCUCAUUAUUCAUCCAAAUUAUUAUUAUUAUUAUUACUAUCCAAAUUACCAGGUCUUAACCACAGCGUAACUAAUGUGCCAUGAUGUUCAGGUAGCUAUGUAAAGUUUUGUAUGUUUUCAUGUCUUUGUAUAAAUAAAUGUACAGUGGUCGACUUUGUAUCUACUGAAAGACUCAUCCAUGUUUUUAAGCGUUACUGUUGACAGUCGUUUUUGCUGCCGUUCCCAGGCUUUCCCUGAAAUCAUCCUUCCAGAUUGGCAUCGUGAAUGCAUUAAUAUUUUACCCAUCAGGCAACAACUCAAAUGUCUCUCACCCGGUUUCAUAUUCGCCCUGUUGAAUGCGGUAUCGCUUAUCUCUAGUCUACAGCCGUUCCCCAAACCAUGCCCGCAUUUAUUUGAUCGUUCGUCUUGCCGGAUGUAAAUCGUUCUUCGGCCGAGGCCUCGGCCGCAGCCGGGUUUGUCGUGAACCGGAAGCUCGAGCGACGCAGCAGACGUCAGAAAUUGUGAGAUGCUUUGACAGCAUCCGCGUGAGUAAUUUUGCAAACGGCAAUACGAGCAGCAUUGCUGCCUUUUUUUUUUCUUUCUUUUUUCGCGUUCUCCAAUACAUUUAAUAAUCUGUAUUGAUUUUUAUUAUUAUUAUUAUUAUUAUUAUUAUUAUUAUUAUUAUUAUUAUUAUUAUUAUUAUUAUUAUUAUUUUAUUUUAUUUUUUUGAUGUAAGCAUACUGCGCCUUGCAAAAGUGUGCAUACCCCUUGAGAUUUUGCACAUUUUAUCAGGAUUUUAUGGGAUAGGCCAACACAAAGUUGUGUGUUAUUGUGAGGCGGAUGAAAAUGCAUACGUGGUUUUUCAAAUGUUUUAAAGAUAAAAAAAAAUCUUUUCAAAAAAAUGUGGCGUGGAUUUUCACUGCCAGUUGUCUUGAUAAAUUGUCAGUAGGAGAUCAUCUUGCGGCUGAUUCUUUAAACAUGGAGGUUGUCCUCCUUUUCUUUUCAAAAACUGAAUCCUGGUCAGACUGAAUGAGUGGAGAGAGGAUAUGCAUGUAAGUGUCAAUUUUUAGAUGCUACCUCACAUUUUCAAUUGGAUUUGAGUCUGGACUUUUUCUGGGCUAUUCUGACAUUUGAGUGAAGUUUAAACUCCUGCAUGGAUUGUGGAAAACCGGAAAAGGGACACCUUAUGUCUUCCUUCUCUCUUCUCUUCCAUGAAUGCCAAAUAAUCAGUGUUCCUUGUUCACCCCGUUUUCUCUAGCAAACCGCCGAGGCCUUCUAAGAGAAUUGAAAACGGAUUAAAUUAAAUCGAAAGUUUUCUGAAGCCCCUUGGUUGCCUUGGAUUUUAUUUUGGAGUAUUGGAUUAAAAUAAAUUCAAAUGCAUGCACUGUUUUUCAGAUUUUGUUUUUGAAAAUGUAGGAAAACCAUGCAAUCUUUUUAUUUAAUUUUUUUUCUAAGCUUCACAGUUAUGUACACCUUUGUGUUGGCCAAGUCCUAUUCAAGUACUUGCAAGGCACUACAUGUGUAUCUACUGCCAAACUGCCUGACUUUGUUAAAAGAAGGAACAUUGCAUUAGAAACCAUACUAAAAAUUUAAGUCCUAUUUCUAUUUGCAAAUCUGAUUUUUGUUUUUUAACAUUAUGCCAUCUAACAAACGAAAGCAAAACAAAAGGAACCAGAGAGUCUGAUCCUAGAUUAAAGUAUUUGUUUGGUGAAAGCAGAGAGCUGAAAAAUGAGAUUUUUUUUUUCAAUUCAACACAAACCGUUUCCAGUUGUGUGCAUUAUAAAAACCACGUGCCGUCAUUGCACACACACCGUCACAGUGUCUCGUCUUUUAGACGAUUUAAGCCUACAUUUGUUUCGCUUGGAUGUCGUACGUGUAAAAUACCGUCAGACACAUGCAGUGACCUUUUACAAGCAUUCGGCUGUAUAUUUUGUUCUAUUGUAAUGUGUAAAUAUCUACCAACAUCAAGACCCCUAAGUUCUCUUCAGUAACCCUCACAACGUAAUAUUUAUUCUUGCCACCGGCUCAGUGGACUUACUAAGUACGAAUCAGAUCACUCCUCUGUUUGUUUCUUUAAUAAAAGCGUAAAACUGGACAAAUGAAGCAAAGCGAGUCUGAAUCCGAAAGCUAAAAACAAUCAACCAGUUCUUGGGGAUGUUUGAUUACUAGAAGUACACUAUGUAUGCAUGUGAUGAACUUUCUAUUAUCUUGUUCCAUACAACAUGGAUUUAUUCCUUAUUAGACAUAGGUGUGCAAUAAAUGCUUUAUAAGAAGAAUAGAUAUAAUAAUUUGUGUUGCUGAAUCUAUGAUAUGAUUAUUAUGCUACUUAUUCACAGAUGUAAAAGGACUAUGCCCGGCUUUACUUGUACAUAUAAUCUGUUUCUGGAUGCGUUGAAGGAAGAGUCUUCCAUUUCUCAAUUUGUGUUUAUGUGGGGGGGGGGGGAACUGGUGCGCUUCAAUGGGAUUUUUAUGCAGAACAUGAGUUUGAUUCCCAGCCACAAGAGCUCUGUCCAUUGGCUGCUUUGGCCUGGAUUUUCUCUGUAUCUCCUUCUCUCUUCUGUUUUCCAGACCUUUCCUCUGAUCUAACCUUUCAAUUUGUCUUUUUGUUUGUUUGUUUGAACCCUUUUUUUUAUUCCUCCUUCCUUCUUCUCUUCCUGCUUUCUCCUCUUCUACUUUUCCCUGACCUUUCUCCCUCUCUGCAGGUUUUAUAAUUAUUAUUAUUAUUUGCAGGUUUCUUCGUUUUGUUCUGACCUAUGCUGGUGUAUCUUUCUUUUCCCCUCUCCAUAAGGCCGCUCACCGUUGAAAUCCACUUCUGAUUAGGUAUCGCUAAGUUGGUGGCCAUGUUUCAAAUUCUGCUUGGAUUUUUAGUCACGGUUACAUUUGAGUCCUGCACCUGAAGAUGACUUUUCAGAAGAGUUACUUUAAGAGAGUGUGUUUUGUGACACAGUUAAAUGAUAGGAAAAUAUGUGUUGUCAUGUUGGGGGAGGCUGUAAAAUAAUAAAUUACAUUGGAGAAAGAAAAAAAAACCUCACUGACUGUGUUUUGUUUAAUCCAUAAAAUGAUUUUUAAAUGGGUAAUGGCGAUAAUAAUACGGUGCAAGGACGACAUUUCUACAAGACGAAGUGAGAAACUUAUGAAAAUUAUAGCUGAGCUUUAUUGCUGGUAAAGAUAAUUUCAUAAUUGUUCACUUUUUGUUUUUCCACUGUACUAAUUGCUGUUUGUUUUCACAUAAUAAAAGAUAUAGCAACCGACCUUUCCACAUUUAACAUGGAUGAAAAAGAAAGUGCUGUAAAAAAAAAAAUUCAUCUAAAGUCCGCCAUAUUUCUUUGGUUGCAAAUAUUUUCUACUUAUAUAUCUAGGAUUUCUGGGUGGUUUGUGUAUUCUCCACUUUUAUUGUGAAUUUUUGAGAUCGCUUCCGAAAUAUUAAUGGUGUAGAAUUUGUGUUGUAUUGUUUUGCGCUCCAGGGAUUUAUUAAUUAUUGAUUUGCCACCCAAGACAACCCCAGAAAGCAUGAUUAUUCAUAUAUUACCAACAAAUAAUCUUGAGAGUUGUAGCAUAUUUAUUUUCACCUAAUUCAAUCCAAAACCCUGACCAGGCUGCAGAAUAUGUCAAAAGAAGCAUCUUUGUAACAAAUAGGUUUUGCAAAUUCCUCUGAUCAAAAGCGAUGUAAUAACACCGUUUUAGAGAUUGUAACCAUUCAUUCCACGAUCACACUGCAAAGUCUAAAAUAUACCACUUUCAGGAAAAAAUAUCUGGGUUUUAGUGAAAUCUGAGCAAAAUGUCUGAAUUGGAGUUUCUUUCUUGCACAAGUACGGCUGAUCUAAACGAACCUCUAAUUUAUUUCAUUUACUGCAUCUUAAAAGUGCUCAAGAGGGGAGCAUGACAGUGGAGCUUAUUGGAUUUAUUUCACACCGUCUUAUUUGCUUGCCCUCUCCUUUCCCUAUGUCUCUCUCUCUCUGUGACUUUUGCAGCACUACUGUCACUGCCGUUAAGCAAACAUAUUAGACACACUUUCACCCAAUUGAACGCGUUACGUCACCUCGCUCUUAUUGAGCCGCUCUCGCUGCUUUUCAUUCAAUUACACGCACAGAAAAAAAGUUUCCAUCACUGAAGGUCUUAAUGUCCGGUUCUCUGGUUUUACUAUUAUUUUUAAACCCUAACAGCGUCCCUGUUGUUUGGAUUUUGUGACGUUUUGUCCAGUUAAAACCUGAAAAUUCAAUGGAUGGUAAUUGGGAUGUUAAGUCAUUGAGAUAGCUUACAAAUGUACUAGAUUUAAUAGCAGAAAAUGUACUUAGGUUUUCUGGAGACUGUAGAUACAGAAUGGAAAGUUUUCUUGUUUUAUAAAUGUGAAGAAAGCUGUGAGCUUUCCUGUGAAAAUGGGGUGAGAGCCAGGUCACCAGGAAGCAGCAGCUUGACUCCAGCUAGCGUAAAGACAGAAUCACCAAAAUCAAAAAAUUGGAAGCACCGUCAAACCAGAAAUUGCUGUUAGAUGUGCAAGGGGGAAAGAAGCGGGAUUUUGGAUUUCAUUCUUGGGAGCAGGGAAUGAAUGUUGGGGAUUGGCAUAAGGAAGAUAAAUAUGAUGC